UGAAAGAAUGUUUUAUUAUUUAAAAAUUUGUUUGAUUUUUAUUGUGUAAGAUGACCCAUUAUGAUUUGCUACUAACCAUUUUUUAUUUAGGCCUACUUAAAAAUUUAAAUUUCCAAAUUUAGUCCUUUAACUCAUAACUUAGGCCUAUGUCCACACAAGUUAGGACUAAAUCAAUUGAUUUAUUUGAUCAGUCUCUGCAUCAGUUUUAGGCUACUUCUAAAGAACCCAAGUAUCAUCUAUGAGUCAAUACAUGGGAUUGGUGCACCAAUUGGUUUUGACCAAAAUGGAGAGAGGGGAGUUGUCUAUUGAGUCAGUCGAGGAUUUGAAAAAUGUUCUGAAAGAAUAUGAAAUACACACAAAAGUCAUUGAAGAGCAGUUAGAAAUGUGUAAGAAAGAUCACGCUGAUCUGAGGAUGGAGAUGAGUCGUUUGAUGAACGAGAACCAUGAUCUUUACCGGAGAUUGAAAAUGGCCACGGAAACUGCUUUAGAAAAAACUGACCUGUCAGCCCUACAAUCAUCGGAGGCUAUUGACAACCUUCAACAACAGCUGGAAUCAGCAUUGGCGGAGAAAGAUACAGUAGAAAAGCUGUGGAAAUCAAGUAUUUUAGAAGUGGAUGCUCUAAAAGAAACAUUAAACGAAUUCCAAACUGGGAAAAAGGUAACGUCGCUGCAGAGUAAAUUGAAUGAUGUACAAAAAGAUUACACGGAAGCUAUUCAUAUAUUGGAACAGAAACAAAGCGUACUAAAGUCAGAAAACGAUCAGUUGAAUGGUAAAUGCAAGUUUUUGGAAGACCAGAUGAAGGAAGUCAAUUUACAGAUGAAUGCGGCCAAUGAGAAAAACUGCGCUCUGAAAAGAUCUUUGAGAGAAUCAACUGAACAGGAGCAAUUGUGGAAGUCCAAAUUCCUGGCUUUGGAAGCAAGUUUUAUUGAAUUGGAUCGUGCUUAUCAAACUGAUAAAGUGAAGUAUGCGCAAGUGCGAGAGUAUGAAAAAGCAGAGUCCAGUUUGAGACAGAAGUUGGAGGAUUCUCAGCGGAACGGAAAAGAGCUACAGAUGGCGCUGGAGCAAUGUCACGAACACAAGCAAGAUCUGCUGCGGAAAAUUGCUGUCGACCGCAAAACGGUCGCAGAUGCCCUGACUCUCGUCGAGGAAGCUAAUCGGAACACAGAAGAAGCUGUAGCCAGAGAAAAAGCAGCUACAGAAGAUGCCAAGAAAUUGAGAGCCGAGUGGGAUAAGCUGGUGGAUGAAGCAGGGCGGAGAGUGGCGUCCGAGGAGGCAAACUUGAGAAAGCAAUUUGACGAACAGUUGGCAGUAGUCAAGCAUCAACUGGAGGUUGUGGAACAGGAGCGCAACAGGAAGCGUGUAGAGGUUGAGCAGAUGCAGCAGGAGUGCAAGAGACUGGAGACGCUGGUAGCUGAGAGUCAGACCGUUGGGAGUGAUCAGCUGGAGAAACUGUCCAGGAAACUGUCGUCUGCGGAGACAAACUGUGAGGAGCUGCACCAGGAGAAUGCUGUUUUGCGAGAAGCCCUCGACAAACUGGAGGACAAAUGUCAACGGAAAUCCCAGCAAAGACAGAAGCUAGAGAGUGAAAUACGCAGGUUAAAGGAGGACACACAGUUUUACCAACAAGAGCUACUUAUGAGUGAACAAAAGGCUGACAUUCUCAAUAGUCAACUGCAUGCUACAAGCUUGGACUUGGCUCAGCUGCAGAGUCAUACAAUUUUACAUAGAGGAAAUUCAGGAGAGAUGGAAGCAAAGGUCAGUCUGUCAAGCACGUUGGAGCUGAUCAAGAAAUUGAAUGAAAACUACGGACAUAUGAACGACAAGUGGAAAAAUGAAAUGUAUUUACUAACUGACAAACUAGAAGAAAAGUUGAAAAAGUCAAAGAAAAAGAACAAGGUUCAUUUCAACAAAGAACAAUCUGAAGGAAAACAGUGAAUGUGGAUUAAAAAGAUUUUGUCUGCAAAGUGUCAAUUUUUAAAGGCCAAUCUCACUGUCAACAAAUGAAGACUAUAAACACAUUGUGAUAUGUAACCAAAGAUUUAUAAAUUUAUUUAAUACUGUA